GUGCUGUCGGCACGGCCGCGGCCGGGCGCUCUCGCGAGAUCGGCGUUGGCGCCGUGACCUCCAUGUGAGCGCGGCGGCGCUCCCCGGUAAACAGUGCCCGGGCCGGGCGAUGGCUUCCGGCGCAUCCCCGUAGCGCUGCCCGCCGCCGGCCCGCCGGGACCCGCCGCGAUCCGCGCUGCCUCGGCGGGAUUCGGGGAACGCCGUGAGAUCUACUCCGCUUCCCUUCCCUCUCCCGCACCCCGCUGAGCGGGACGGGCGGCCCGGACUGCGGGCUGGAGGGUCGCGCCCGCUCCGCGGGCUUGAAAUUCCUGCCCCGUCGGGCCGAACAAAGACCGGGUUAGCGUCCGGACCCCUCCCCUGCACCUCCCACGCCGCGGGCGCUCACCCGCGGAGCGGACCCCGUUCCCACCCCCUGCCUGUGUCCCCCUGCUUUGCCCGCGGCCGGCCGAGCGGGCGGGAGGGCGCGCAUCAUGUGGAUCCAGGUCCGCACCAUCGACGGCACCGAGACCCAGACCAUCGACGACCUGAGCCGCCUCACCAAGAUCGAGUGCCUGCGGGAGAAGAUCGAGGAGACCUUCCGCGUGAGCCCCGACCGCCAGCGGCUCUUCUACCGGGGCAAGCAGCUAGAAGAUGGACACACUUUAUUUGACUACAAUGUCGGGCUAAAUGACAUAGUUCAGCUUUUGAUACGUUCUGAUUCUGAAGCUCCUACCACUGCAUCUGUGACAGAUCAGGAUGGAGGAGUCAACCCCUGUACUGUUUCCAACUGCAAGAACAAAGUCAAAAAAACAAAUAGUGGAUCACCCAGUCAGCCAUCUACAUCAUCUCGCUCGUUUCUCAUUGAUCCUGGCAUUGGAUUGUACAAGAUAAAUGAAUUGGUGGAUGCCCGUGAUAUCAGCAUUGGAGCCUGGUUUGAAGCUCAUAUAGAAAAUGUUACUCGAGCAACAAAGGGACAUAAGAAUGGUAAAGCUCAAGGGAAGAGUGGUAACACUUACAAAAGGACUAAUGGAAACUUAAAUCAAGAUCAUUCUAGAGAAAAUGCAAAUAAUUUGGACAGUGCACCUUCCACAUCUUAUUCAGACUGUAUGGACACUGAUGAAGAAGCUAUUUAUCAUAUCAAGUAUGAUGAGUACCCAGAAAAUGGCAUAAUAGAAAUGGACACAGUUAAUCUUCGACCCCGAGCAAGAACCAUUCUGAAGUGGAGUGAGCUAAAAGUGGGUGAUGUGGUGAUGGUUAACUACAAUGUUGAGACACCAGAAGAAAGAGGAUUUUGGUUUGAUGCAGAAAUUACCUCUUUGAGAGAAAUCUCAAGGACUAACAAAGAGGUUCAUGCUAAAAUUCUGCUGGGAGGUCCAGAAGACACAAUAAAUGAUUGUAAAAUCCUUUUUAUAGAGGAAAUGUACAAGAUUGAAAAACCAGGAGCCUAUCCAUUGACAUUUGGGGAUGGAGAUUUCAAAAGAAAAAGUGGCCCUGAAUGCAAGCACUGUAGGGCUGAUCCAGAUAAGGAGUGCCGGUUUUGUUCGUGUUACUUGUGUGGCGGCAAACAGGAUGCUCACAUGCAACUCCUGUGUGAUGAAUGUAACAUGGCUUAUCAUAUAUAUUGCCUGAACCCUCCUUUAAGCAAGAUACCAGAAGAUGAAGACUGGUAUUGUCCUUCCUGCAAAAAUGAUUCUAAUGAAGUUGUAAAGGCUGGAGAAAAGCUCAAACAGAGUAAAAAGAAAGCAAAGAUGCCAUCUGCCAGUACUGAAAGCCAGAGAGACUGGGGAAAGGGCAUGGCCUGUGUUGGUCGCACUAAGGAAUGCACUAUUGUUCCUUCAAAUCAUUAUGGGCCUAUACCUGGUGUUCCUGUUGGGACAACCUGGAAGUUCAGAGUUCAGGUGAGCGAAGCAGGUGUUCACAGGCCCCAUGUUGGUGGAAUCCAUGGACGCAGUAAUGAUGGAGCUUAUUCACUCGUACUAGCUGGGGGAUUUGAAGAUGAAGUGGAUCGAGGAGAUGAGUUCACUUACACUGGGAGUGGAGGUAGAGAUCUUUCUGGCAAUAAAAGAAUUGGAGAACACUCAUUUGAUCAGACAUUAACACACAUGAAUAGGGCAUUGGCCCUUAACUGUGAUGCCCCACUGGAUGACAAAAAUGGAGCAGAGUCAAAGAAUUGGAGAGCUGGUAAACCAGUUAGAGUAGUGCGCAGUUCAAAGGGACGGCGGAUCAGCAAAUAUGCCCCAGAGGAAGGCAACAGAUAUGAUGGCAUUUACAAGGUGGUGAAAUAUUGGCCAGAAAUUGGAAAAUGUGGAUUUUUAGUUUGGCGCUAUCUUCUGAGGAGAGAUGAUGUUGAGCCUGCACCUUGGACUUCCAAAGGAAUGGAGCGCUCAAAGAAGCUGGGUCUAAGCGUACAGUAUCCAGAAGGUUAUUUGGAAGCCAUGGCUAGUAAGGAGAAGAAAGAUAAAGUUAAAAAGCAAACUGUGAAACAGGAGCCAAACAGCCAAAGUAAUGGAAACCAGAAAAGGACAAUUGAGGAUGCAGGUACAGAGGAACCUACAAGUACACCCAAAGUCAUGAGGAUGGGGGAUGGAGGGAAAGGAGAAGCUUUCCAGCUGACCCAAGAGCAGCAGUGGCUGAUUAGAGAAGACUGCAUGAACCAGAAGCUGUGGGAUGAAGUCCUUGCUUCUCUUAAGGAAGGACCAAAUUUUCUGAAGAAACUGGAACAGUCCUUUAUGUGUGUCUGCUGCCAGGAGUUGGUUUACCAGCCAGUGACAACAGAGUGCCUCCACAACGUCUGUAAAAGUUGUUUACAGCGCUCCUUCAGAGCAGAAGUGUUCACCUGCCCUGCCUGCCGCUUCGACCUGGGGAAGGGCUACACCAUGGCUCCCAACAAGGUCCUGCAGACACUACUGGACCAGUUCUUUCCGGGUUACAGCAAAGGACGAUGAUGCGCUCAGACCCUUCCGCUCUUCUCCCAGUGACUUUAUAGACAGUAAAGGGGAAUAAACAUGGGGAUUCAGCAGUGGACCAGCCAGCUUGAUGGGACUCAACACAUUGUCACAUUUUGAAGCAGCUAACCCUAUUCCCCUCAUAGCCACUUCUUGGUGUUGUGAGAAGUCUAUUUCUCAGCUGUCUUUUAACAUCAAGGGUAGUUUUGGCCAGUUAACUAAUAGUUUUUAAAGAAGAAAAAAAAAAAAAUUAAAAAAAGAAAAAAGAAAAAAGAAAAAAGAAAAAAAAAAGAAAAAAGAAAAGCCUCAGCUCUUACUGGCCUAGCUGAUGCCUAAUUUAUGAUUUGGUUUUUUGUAACUACCUCAGGACAGAGGAAAGUAAAUUGUGUCAAACAGUGAAACAAUAUUGGGGAUAAAAAAAAGUUAGUGAUGUUUUAGCUACUCACUGCCUCCUGAAUAUUAGUUGUGCCUGGUCCAUGUGGUUUGAUUUACAAAAAAAAAAAAAAAAAAAAAGGAAAAAAAAAAGAACUCAAUAACAAAACCCAAACCAAAAGAAAAACCCACAAAAAACCAGGAAAAAGAAACAUAUUCAGCACUUAAGCCAUUUGGAUUAAACAGCAAAUUCUGUGGUGUGCAUAAUCCCUUUUUUAUCUUUUUCUUCUAUUAUGCUGUAUUUUUUUUUUUUUUUUUGCAAGAACGGGCUGAUUUUUAGUCUAUUUUUGUGAGCUUCAUUGUGCUUUUCUUGUAUCUUAUGCAAGUUGACUACUAAUGACUAAUGAGAACAAUAUGAAUGCAUUGUUGCUGCAUUAGUGUAAAGUGAUCUGUGUUUUUUGCACUUGAAGAGGGUAUUCAAGACACUCUAGUUGUGUAAAAAAUAGUUCAUAUCAAAAAAGCCACUUCUGUAUUAGUUAAACUGUAUGCUUUUAGUAGGUCUUGUAUCAGUGGCAAUACAUCUACACAGCAUUAAAGGCAGUGCUAGCUUGGAGAGGGUUCAAAUCGCUUCAUAUUGUGAUCUGAAAUUUUAUAUACAAUAUAUCGCCCCCGAAAAUAUACCUUAUUAAAUAUUUUAUGAUUCAGAAAAUUUGCUAGUUUUGUUUUUACUAUUAUCCACUUAAUUAAGUAAUAAGAUUCUUACAGAAUUUAUUUUUCAGAUUACUAAAUGCUUUCCUUAGGUGGCCUUGUUUUUCAGGUGUGAGGCUUUAUAUUCCUUAACUAAUUUCUCAAUGGAGAGAACAUCUAGUUUUAAAAACAGCCAAACAACACCAAACCAAGAUCCAGAGGUAACAUUGGUACCCAUGGACUCUCUCACAGGCUGUGGGGUUCCUGAAUGGUUGGCAGGUGGGUGGGUGACUCAGAUUCCCUCUGCUGGCACUGAGGUUGCAGUGGCAGCCUGUGGCCCACAGUGCUACAGUUAGCUCAGUAUUUUCUGGAGAGCAGUGUGAUUUCACCUUUGUAACAGCUACUGCUUCUGUAUGGAAAGCUCAUAAGGCUUGUGGCUUUCAGUCUUUUAGCUGAGUACUGUAAAAUAUUUUCAUGCUUUGUUUUCCACUGGAUAGAUUUUAUCAAUUAAGUCAUAAGAUAAAUGUUGUCAGUUUGAGGUCCAAGGUGGGAAGUUACCUGCUUUACACAAAAAUACAUAAAUUAAAAAAAAUUUAAUACGCUUUUUCAGUGACGUAAUCAAGCAGCAAGAACCUGCUUUUAACAAACAUUAAACUAGCUUGUCAAGACUGGGAAAUUAGAUUGGCAACAGAGAAAGACUGUCCUUUCCUCACAUUAUAAGUCUGCAGUGGCUUUUCAUGAUUUUUUACAUCUUCAGUACUGUAUCAAUAGUUACUGAAAGACACCCUUUUCAGUAGUAAAUUCUAGAGUAAACUAAUUCUGAUUUUCUUCACUACAUAUUAAGAUGAUUUAGGAUGUAGGCGCAGGUUUUCACAUAAAAUCUGGUAUCUGGCCUGACUUUCCUUUAAUGAAAGCCAUUCCUGUCUCCUAUCAUCUGCAGUCUCUUUGUGUAAAGCUCCCCACUGAAGUCAUAAAGUAGGUAAUGAAAAAGUUGCAGUCCCAAAACUUUCACUGUAAAAGACACAAAAUUUACAGUACUUAAAAUACUGCUGUGAACACCAGCCUCAUUUGUGUUAUUUGAGUGUUCCCAGGCUGAGUGUGCGUGUAGAUCUUCAAGAAGAGGUUGAGUAGUGGGUGGUUGUAAGAUGCAAAACUGUGUGGUCCUUUUCUGUGUUCUCAGUGUUGCCAAGUAUGUGUUUCCUAAUUCCAGCACCAAAACUGUGCUUUGUGUGGCUGAAUGAUUUGAUCCCCUCAGGGGUGCUCAUGUACAUCA